UCGAAUGGUUUGUUAUGCCAACUGUGCCCCGUGGGAAAAUUUCUCAUAAAACCAUGUGAAAAAGAUGGUGGCGAAUCAAUGUGCAGCAUCUGUCCGAGGGGAACGUUUACCAGUUCGGCGAACAACGCAACGGAAUGUGGAGAGUGUACUAUAUGUCGCAUCGCGCAAUACCAGAAGUCUCCAUGUACUGGCACCCGCGACAGAGUGUGUGAAUGUCCGCCAGGAUUGUUUUGGGUCAGAUAUCGUGGCCACGAUGGUAUUUGUCUACAUCAUACAAAAUGUAAGGAGGGCGAAGUCGUUGACGUCGAAGGUAAAUAA